AUGUCUGCCACCGCCUCAACUGGCUCUCCCACCCUCCGUCGGGCGGGGAGCAGAGCCGGAUCCUCCCAAGAGAACUUUAGUUCUGCUGAGGAGACUCUGGCCAACUUGACCGCUCGCAUGGAUCCAACUGCUGCUUCAUUGAAGAAGUCUGCCACUGCUUUGUCCUCAAACAAGCUGGGCAACCAAGCUGGUCCCAAGAAGAUAAAGAUCAAUCACGAUACCUCCUCGUCCAACGAGCCCAACCCAGUGGACAAGCUCCUUGCCAAGCUGUCCGAACAGCAAGCCACCAUCAACAAGCAGAAUGAGGCCCUCAAAUCCACCGAGGAUAUUGUUCGCUACCGUACCGUCGAGUAUGUCUCUGCCAACAGUUCUGUACCCAUUACACCUGCCACAGAGUCCUAUAAUUUCAGCACAGCCCCCACAACCAGCCCACCAAGCAAUUCUGGUAAUGAUGUCCCCGCCCAAAGUGCCAGUGAGCUUGCUGCUCUCAAGGCUGAACUUGAGGCUGCCAAAGGCAAGAUUGCUCGUAUGGAUCAAGAACUUGCACAAACUCGUAUCACCAAGCAUACUCUUGAUCAAGUUGUUGGCAAUGCCUCCGAGGCGGACUACCCAAUGCACGUCUCAUCUGAGGAGCGUCUCAACCAUCUUCCACCACUUGGUCGUCCUCAAUUCACCCGAGACAACUCUUGGGCUACUCAAGAGGAUGCUCGUUCGGACACCAGUGAUGCAUUGUCUGCCAGCGGCUUCAAUCGGGCUCGUGCAAUCUGGAACAAUAGUAGCAAGCCAAGCUUCACUGGUUCAGCUGCCCCUUAUCCUGUGACUGUCCCGGGCUUCCAACCAUCUGAAGCUACCACCUCCGCUCAGUGGAUGCAGCGUGGCUACGGUCAACCAUUCGUUGAUGCGAUGCCAUACGGUGCUGCUCCACCCUUCCGUGGUGACCGUAUGAUGCAGGACCCAGAUAUGCUCAUGGCACCUCCUAUGGGUCGUCGCAGCCAACCUGGUGGAGGACGAUACAAUAAUAGGAGCAGUGCAAGCUCUUUUCCUUAUGCUAGCAGCAACAGCUCAUUUGAUGGUUUCACACCGUCCUCAACUCCUUACGGCUCUGUUGCGAACCUUCCAGCUGGGGUUCCUGCUAUUGCCAAUCUGAGCGGCAUGUACAGCGGGUACCAGCCACAACCAAUUGGAACUCCACUGUCCCCACAUGCACCGGAGUUCACGGUCUCCAAUGCUGGAUGGAAGAAUGAUAACCAAGGAGCCGAGGGCCAAACGUACCUGCCAACAACCGAGCCCCUCAACUACCGCCGACUUCUUGAUCGAACUGUCAACUGCAACUGGAAGUACAUCGUUGACAAGAUUGUCUGCAAUAAUGAUCAACAAGCCUCCAUCUUCCUUCAGCAGAAGCUCAAGGUUGGCACAACUAUUCAGAAGUAUGAGAUUGUUGAGGCAAUCGUCGCUCAGGCCUACCCAUUGAUGGUGAACCGAUUCGGUAACUUCUUGGUUCAGCGAUGCUUUGAGCAUGGAACUCCCGAACAGGUCAUCAACAUCGCUGAGGCUAUCAAAGGAAACACCUUGAACCUCUCCAUGGAUGCUUUCGGUUGCCACGUUGUCCAGAAGGCUUUUGACUCUGUUCCUGAGAAAUACAAGGCCGACAUGGUUCGUGAGCUUCUUCGUUGUAUCUAUGACACCGUCAUCCACCGCUAUGCCUGCCAUGUCUGGCAAAAGUUGUUUGAGCUCCGGUGGACUGAGUCUCCUCCGCCUGAGAUCAUGAAGUACGUCAAUGAUGAUCUUCGUGGUAAGUGGCACCAGGUUGCUCUUGGUGAGACUGGUAGCUUGGUUGUUCAGAACAUCUUUGAAAACUGUCUCGAGGAGGAUAAGCGACCAUGCAUUGAGGAAGUCCUUGGAAGCAUUGACAUCGUUGCUCAUGGUCAAUUCGGCAAUUGGUGUAUUCAACACAUCUGUGAACACGGUGCCCCAGCUGAUCGUAGCCGUGCCAUCGACCAUGUCAUCCGUUAUGCCUCCGAGUACAGCAUGGAUCAAUUUGCUUCGAAGGUUGUUGAGAAGUGCCUCAAGAUCGGUGGUCCCGACUUCCUUAGUCGCUACCUCGAUCGGGUCUGCGAGGGUCAUCUCAAUCGUCCUCGUAUUCCCCUGAUUGAUAUCGCCAGCGACCAGUAUGGCAAUUACCUCAUUCAGUACAUUCUGACUCACUCCAACACCCAGCACCGCGAUCUCGUUGCUAGCCACAUUCGCAAGCACAUGGUUUCUCUUCGAGGAUCUAAGUUCGGCUCACGUGUUGGCAUGCUCUGCACCAAUCCUGCCAUCCAGACCCGUCCUGGCGUCGGUACUGCCGUUGGCGUUCCUCCUCGCAUGGUCCCACAGCCAAACACUCGCUAUGGUGGUGGUGCUUAUCGUUAA